AUGGCGCCCGGGACCAGACGAGCCGGCAAUCGGGGUGGCUACGCUGAACACGACGACUUCGAAGGCCUACCUGUGCGACAAUGGCGGCAAGAAUGGAGCACCAUUGUGCCCCCACCUCAGCAAGAGCCCCAGUCGCAGAAUGACAUCUGGGCGAUCGAGCUCAUCCACGGCAUGCCCAAGGACGCGAAUCUCCUUCCUACACAUACGCAGGAACUUCUACGCGCAGCGCGGUCUGGUGCAAUCUAUAAGCGCCAACCUCUGGUCGAAGAGGAGGAGGGUCCUGACCCUGAAGCAAUUCUACCAGAGAAGCCCGAAAAGAAAGAAGAAGAGGACGAAACAGUCAAGGGGUACACAGUGCGGACGUGGAAGCAGCUGCCCAGAAAUGUGGAAGCGAACACGACAUCGUAUCUGGCCCCGCGGCGAAAGGGCAUCGUUCGUAUAGCAAGCAAAACAGUGGAGGAGAAGAUUGUCGGGGGCGCCACGGUGACACGCGCGACUGUGCGGAGGAUUGACGCGGCGGGCAACCCAUACACGGAGGAAGUGACCUUGGUCGAUGGUCAGCAGGUGGAAGGAGAAAUCAUUGCUACACGACAAGCGCCGGUCGCAGGACUGGGCGAGGGACUUGCGCCUCCGCCGGUGGUCCGUAAGAGGCCUCCACCGCCGAAGCGCAAGGGCGGACCGGGUCGAGGCAAGAAAAAGAUCAAGUUGCCUUUGCCGGGGCCCGGUGUCCCAAGCGCUGGGGGUGCUGUCGGUACUGAUGCAACUGUCAAGGUUGAAGGGGACCAGGAUGGCGAGCGGAAAGAGGGCGAGGCAAACCAAGACAGCGAGAUGGCCGAAGGCGACGAGAACGACGAAGACGACGAGGAUGAUGAGGAUGAGGGCGAUGAAGGCGAUGGUGCGGAGUCUGGCAACGACAAGGAAAUGUCAGAUGUCACACAACCGAUCGAACCCUCUGUGUUGGACAAUGCCGACAUUGAGAUGACUGAUGGCCAGCCAUCGGAAUGCAAAACACCACCUCCCAACCCUCUCACGCUGGCGCCUCCAGCGGCUAGCCUCGCGACAGCGUCACCAAAGAUCGAUGGCAGCCCUCUGAAGAACGUCGCUGUCGCGUCGCCGCCAGCCUUGGAAGUAGCGCCUGCUUCUGAGGGCCCUGCAAUCGUGGAGGUACCGGCGGUCACUCUUCCGCCCAUCGACAAGCCACCGGUAGAAGACUCCGUCGUCGCCGAGCCACCGUCCACCAUUGUUGGCGAGGAACCCGACAAGGCUGCUGAUCGCGACAUUCCCAAAGAUACCCCACCAGCAGUGCUCCCUCAAACGUCGACAGAGGAAGCACUUCUACCUCCUCCCCCAGAUCAAGUGGGCAACAUUUCGUCACCAAAGGAUUCCCCUGCCGUCGAUAAAUCGUCAGAAGCUAGCACCACCGGCGGCAAGGCAGAUGUCCAGCCUGGCGAGGAGGCCGCGCCUGCUCGCCCCGAGCUGCCACAUACGUUGACCGAGGAUACGAUCAAACCGGAUGACUCUGCCUCCGCAGUGGAUGUGUCGGGACCACCGAGCGAAGCUGCGCUUGCGACGGCUGUGCAGUCUGAUGUUGAAGUGCCCGCUGUCGUUGAAGAAAAGAAAGAAUCGCCAGAAGAGCCGAUAGCCACUGAGCCGACCACUCUCACGGAGGAACCUGCGGUCGCUGAGGCUCCUGAAAAGGGGGACGUCACAACGGGCCAGGUCGAUGUUGAGUCUCAGGCCCAGCCACGUCAAGGAUCUCCGUCUGCUGAGGAAUCUAAGCCAAAAGAGGAGCCACCUGCUGAGCAGAAAGCCGAGGACAGUGAGCCUACGCGCGUCGAUGACACCGAUAAGGAGGACCCAGCCCCUGCGCCCAUACCUUCGGUAGCAGAAGAUGUCGCCGCGCCAGAUCCCGCGACAGCUGAGGAGACGCCGAAGCCAGCAUCGCCUCCAGCCGAGGAGCAGAAACCCGAUGUCACCGAGGGCUAG